AUGGACUACCGUAACGCCAUUAAAUGGUACCAGUACGAUCCCACCAAAUGGUUCAUCUGGACUUGCGAACAAAUUUCGUUCCCCAUAGCUUACUCCGUUCUUCUCACAGUCCAAGAACAAGCCCAGAAACGACCUCUUAUCCUUGUCUCUGGCUUCAUGGAAGAACAUCCAGGCAGGCGGCAUCUACUCAUCAAAAUGAUUGGAAAGGAUGCUACUACUGCUUUCGUCGGAGGCGUUCACGAUCAUUCCAAUGCCGCGCACAAUCUCUUAGCCAUGAAGCGCGUCGGCGUCCUGCAUGGUGACCACCCACACGGUUUGGAGGAGAAACUCAUCCCACCGUCCCAGAGCCUCAAGAUUGCUCGAUAUAACGAGUUGAGCUCUUCGUACGCUAGCAGUUCUUGGAGCGACAGUGAAGGGAUGAUACGAUGA